GCUUUUCUGUUAUUACCCAACUGGCCCCCAACUGCUCUCUAACACAUACAUACAUUAUACAUACACAAACACACCUUAAUCUUUCACACACUUGAGUGACUUCCAAGACCCAACUAUAUUUAUAUAUAUUUAUCAUAUAUACACAUCCUCAAAGUUUCAAUCUUUCUUCCAUAAUUCACUCAAACACACAAUACCCACUUGAGGAUAUCUGAUCAAAAAUGGAAAAAGAUGGUUUUUUUAAUGCCCAUCAAACCAAUGGAAUUGGAAUCCCACAAGCCUGGAAUUCAAUCUUUGGAAUGGAAUUGGAAACCCAAGUUGGUGAAAUGAAUUCUAGCUCAAAACAGAAUCCCAAUUGCUUUUUUAAUGGUAAUUGGGAUCACUCUGUGGAUCAGAGCGAUCCCUUUGAAUCGGCAUUGAGUUCCAUUGUCUCGUCUCCGGUCAGCUCACACCCCGGGAUUCCAAUUCCGGGGCGUGCCAUUACAGGAGGUGAGAGUGUAGUUCUAAAAGAACUUAUUGGCAGAUUAGGAAGUAUAUGUAAUUCUGGUGAAAUAUCACCAGAAUCUUGCAUUCAAGGAAAUAAUAGUACUAAUACAUCAUGUUACAACACACCGUUGAAUUCGCCACCAAAGCUUAAUCUUUCAAUCAUGGAUCAUCAUUUGAACAAGAUUCCGGGGAAUUUGGGAAUUCCCCGGAAUCACCAAUUACCACCUGCACCAUUCCCUGCAGAUCCUGGGUUUGUUGAAAGAGCUGCAAGGUUUUCUAGCUUUGGCAUGAAAGAAUCAGAAUUCCCUCAAAUGGUGGAAUCAGGGAUUCCAUCUUCUGCUGAGAAGAAGUUUAGUAGUAGAUUGUUAAUGUCUUUGAAUCAAGAAAACAACAAGGAGUUGGAUAAUUCCAAAGAGGAAUCAUCUUUGUCUGAACAAAUCACCGGAAUCGACAAAGGUCAAAAUGUAAAUGCUAAUUGUAGAAAACGAAAGGCCAUUUCGAAAGGGAAAGGAAAAGAAACCCAAAUUAGUACUUUGUCUGCUAAAGAUAACAAGGCGGAGAAAGAGGAAUCAGAUGCAAAAAGAAGCAAGUCAGAUGAAGAAGGGAAUGGAAUGGAAAAAGAAAAAGAAAAGGAAAAGGAAGAGGGGAAUAAGAAUCCGAAACAAACAAAGGAAAAUGCGAAAUUAGCAGAGCCACCAAAGGACUAUAUUCAUGUCAGAGCAAGAAGGGGUCAAGCUACUGAUAGUCAUAGUCUUGCAGAAAGGGUUAGGAGAGAAAAGAUUAGUGAAAGAAUGAAGUUCCUUCAAGAUCUUGUCCCUGGUUGUAACAAGGUGACCGGAAAAGCUGUUAUGCUUGAUGAGAUUAUUAACUACGUACAGUCAUUGCAGAGGCAAGUCGAGUUUUUGUCAAUGAAAUUAGCAACCGUUAAUCCUAGGACAGAUGUGAACAUGGAAGCACUUUUAUCUAAAGACACUCGGGCUUCCAUGAUGAAUGCCAUGAACCAUUUGGAUGCAUCGGUUCAGCCAUUUUAUGGCAUGGUUCAUGACGGGCCAGAGAACCCAUUGAUGGCUAUGAUGCACCGUGCUUCAAACAUGAAACCAUCACAUAUUGAUGGUUUUGGAGAAGCUUCUGCGUUUUGGGAAAAUGAUCUUCAGAGUGUUGUACAGAUGGGAUUUGGCCAAAAUCAAGGACCAAGCUUCCACGGAACAAUAGGCACGGGCCAAAUGAAAGUUGAACUAUGAUAUCAAAUUUGUUGACUUAAUUAUAUAGGCCGUUAGUCAAGAAGAACAUUUGUAUAGAGAAAGGAAGAAGACAUAUCUUCACCUGAUAUCUUAUUUUUACAAAAAAAUUUGUUUGUAUAAUCCUAGAACUAAUUUCUAUAAGUUUAUCGUCGCAGUGGUGGGAGUACUAUAAACUAUGUAAAAUGUUGUAACAUGUUUGCAAGGGUUGAUGGGAAGAAAGAGCCUGCAACCUUGUUUUUUUCACAUAAUUUCUUAACAUUAUGAUAUAAAUCUAAUCAUUAUUUUUGCUUA